AUGGUACUGGUGGGGCUUGGGAGGUCUUGGCUGUGCCUGAGUGCAAAUGUCCUUGUGUUUAACUUUUCAGAUAUCCACACGGAAGCAGUCCAAGCUGCUCUGGCGAAACACAAAGAACAGAAAAUGGCUUUGCCCAUGCCCACCAAGAGGCGGUCCACGUUUGUCCAGUCUCCUGCGGAUGCCUGCACACCUCCGGACACGUCUUCGGCCUCUGAGGAUGAGGGCUCUCUGAGACGCCAAGCUGCGCUCUCUGCUGCCUUGCAACAAAGCUUGCAGAAUGCUGAGUCCUGGAUCAACCGCUCAAUCCAGGGAUCGUCCACUUCUUCAUCUGCAUCUUCCACGCUGUCCCAUGGAGAGGUCAAAGGAACCAGUGGGUCCCUAGCUGAUGUAUUUGCCAAUACUCGAAUAGAGAAUGUCUCUGCUCCUCCUGACGUCACUGCGACUACCUCUUCCUCCUCUUCCUCACUGCGUCCCGCCAACAUUGACCUGCCCCCAUCCGGCAUAGUCAAAGGCAUGCACAAAGGCUCCAACAGGUCCAGCCUCAUGGACACAGCAGAUGGUGUUCCUGUCAAUAGCAGAGUGUCUACAAAAAUCCAGCAGCUUCUCAACACUCUGAAACGACCCAAAAGACCCCCCUUAAAGGAAUUUUUUGUGGAUGACUCUGAAGAAAUUGUGGAAGUACCUCAGCCAGAUCCCAACCAGCCAAAGCCUGAGGGCCGCCAGAUGACUCCAGUGAAGGGAGAGCCCCUCGGCGUCAUCUGUAACUGGCCACCUGCACUGGAAUCUGCCCUGCAGCGCUGGGGCACUACCCAAGCCAAGUGCCCUUGCCUCACUGGACUGGAUGUGACGGGGAAACCAGUCUACACCCUCACAUACGGGAAGUUGUGGAGCAGAAGUUUAAAGUUGGCUUACACACUGCUUAAUAAACUGGGAACAAAAAACGAACCUGUGUUAAAACCUGGAGACAGGGUUGCCCUGGUUUACCCCAACAAUGAUCCUGUCAUGUUUAUGGUGGCUUUUUAUGGAUGUCUUCUGGCAGAAGUGAUCCCAGUACCCAUAGAAGUACCCCUGACCAGAAAGGAUGCCGGAGGUCAGCAGAUUGGCUUCUUGCUAGGGAGCUGUGGGAUUGCCUUAGCUCUCACCAGUGAAAUUUGUCUGAAGGGCCUGCCAAAAACCCAGAAUGGAGAAAUCGUACAGUUUAAAGGUUGGCCUCGCCUCAAGUGGGUUGUGACAGACUCCAAGUACCUUUCGAAGCCGCCCAAAGACUGGCAGCCGCACAUAUCGCCUGCGGGCACGGAACCAGCGUACAUUGAGUAUAAAACAAGCAAAGAGGGGAGUGUGAUGGGAGUCACAGUGUCCCGGCUUGCAAUGCUGUCCCACUGCCAAGCUCUGUCACAGGCCUGCAGUUAUUCUGAAGGAGAAACUGUCGUAAAUGUCUUAGACUUUAAGAAGGACGCUGGGCUGUGGCAUGGCAUGUUUGCGAAUGUAAUGAAUAAGAUGCAUACAAUUAGUGUGCCCUACUCUGUUAUGAAGACCUGUCCUCUCUCUUGGGUCCAGAGAGUCCACGCUCACAAAGCCAAAGUAGCACUAGUGAAGUGUCGGGACUUACACUGGGCCAUGAUGGCACAUCGGGACCAACGGGACGUGAGCCUGAGUUCUCUGCGGAUGCUCAUUGUCACCGACGGCGCCAAUCCCUGGUCUGUGUCAUCCUGCGACGCUUUCUUGAGUCUGUUCCAAAGCCAUGGGUUGAAACCUGAAGCCAUCUGUCCCUGUGCCACAUCCGCUGAGGCCAUGACCGUAGCCAUCCGAAGACCUGGAGUGCCAGGGGCUCCUUUGCCAGGAAGAGCCAUUCUCUCAAUGAAUGGACUGAGCUAUGGGGUCAUACGGGUCAAUACCGAGGAUAAAAAUUCAGCACUGACAGUACAGGAUGUGGGACAUGUCAUGCCUGGAGGCAUGAUGUGCAUUGUGAAACCAGAUGGACUUCCUCAGCUCUGCAAGACAGAUGAGAUCGGAGAAAUCUGUGUCAGCUCCAGGACUGGAGGAAUGAUGUACUUUGGACUUGCUGGCGUGACCAAAAAUACAUUUGAGGUGAUUCCAGUGACUUCUUCAGGCUCUCCUGUAGGAGAUGUGCCCUUCAUCCGGUCAGGACUGCUGGGAUUUGUGGGGCCUGGUAGCUUGGUGUUUGUGGUUGGAAAAAUGGAUGGAUUGCUCAUGGUCAGCGGCCGAAGACACAACGCUGAUGACAUUGUUGCUACUGGAUUGGCUGUGGAGUCGAUAAAGACGGUCUAUCGGGGGAGAAUUGCUGUGUUUUCUGUGUCUGUGUUUUAUGACGAGCGCAUUGUGGUGGUGGCAGAACAAAGGCCCGAUGCGUCUGAGGAAGACAGCUUCCAGUGGAUGAGCCGAGUGCUGCAGGCGAUUGACACCAUCCAUCAAGUCGGUGUGUACUGUCUUGCCCUGGUGCCAGCCAAUACAUUACCAAAAACCCCGCUAGGAGGGAUCCAUAUAUCCCAGACCAAACAACUCUUUCUGGAGGGUUCUCUACACCCGUGCAACAUCCUCAUGUGCCCACAUACGUGUGUGACGAACUUGCCAAAGCCCCGACAGAAGCAACCAGGUGUAGGCCCUGCCUCUGUGAUGGUUGGCAAUCUGGUUGCUGGUAAACGCAUAGCACAGGCUGCCGGAAGGGACCUGGGUCAAAUAGAAGAGAAUGAUCUGGUGAGGAAGCACCAGUUCCUGGCGGAGAUUCUGCAGUGGCGAGCCCAGGCAACUCCUGACCACGUCCUCUAUGUGCUGUUAAAUGCGAAGGGAACUACUGUGUGCACAGCCAGCUGCCUUCAGCUUCAUAAGCGAGCAGAGAGGAUCGCUUCAGUACUUGGUGACAAGGGACAUCUGAAUGCAGGCGACAAUGUGGUUUUGCUCUACCCACCUGGUAUUGAGUUGAUUGCUGCGUUCUAUGGCUGCCUGUACGCAGGGUGUAUACCUGUGACCGUGCGGCCCCCUCAUGCGCAGAACCUUACUGCCACCUUGCCCACAGUACGCAUGGUCGUUGACGUCAGCAAAGCAGCGUGUGUCCUCACCACUCAGACUCUGAUGAGGUUGCUCAAGUCUCGAGAGGCAGCAGCAGCAGUGGAUGUGAAAACCUGGCCAGCCAUCAUUGACACAGAUGACUUACCCAGGAAACGUUUACCUCAGCUGUAUAAGCCACCCACUCCUGAGAUGUUGGCAUAUCUUGAUUUUAGUGUCUCCACAACUGGCAUGCUUACGGGAGUGAAGAUGUCGCACUCUGCAGUCAAUGCUCUCUGCAGAGCCAUCAAGCUCCAGUGCGAGUUGUACUCUUCCCGGCAGAUCGCCAUCUGCCUUGACCCUUACUGCGGACUUGGCUUUGCUCUCUGGUGUCUCUGCAGUGUCUAUUCGGGUCACCAGUCCGUCUUGAUCCCUCCUAUGGAGCUGGAGAGCAACCUCUCCCUGUGGCUUGCCACUGUCAAUCAGUACAAGAUCAGGGACACCUUCUGCUCCUACUCAGUCAUGGAGCUUUGUACCAAGGGGCUGGGCAGCCAGGUGGAGGCGCUCAAGACCCGAGGGAUCAACCUUUCCUGCAUCCGAACUUGUGUGGUGGUCGCAGAGGAGAGGCCCCGGGUCACCCUCCAGCAGUCCUUCUCCAAGCUCUUCAAAGACAUCGGCCUGUCCCAUCGAGCUGUCAGCACCACUUUUGGGUCCAGGGUCAAUGUAGCGAUAUGUUUACAGGGGACCUCAGGGCCCGAUCCAACAACUGUGUAUGUGGAUCUGAAGUCGCUGAGACAUGACAGGGUCCGUCUUGUGGAACGAGGUGCCCCCCAGAGUCUCCUGCUUUCUGAGUCUGGAAAGAUCUUACCUGGAGUGAAAGUAGUUAUUGUGAAUCCUGAGACCAAAGGACCUGUUGGAGACUCUCACCUGGGAGAGAUUUGGGUGAAUAGCCCCCACACCGCCAGUGGCUACUACACCAUCUACGACAGCGAGACUCUUCAGGCCGACCAUUUCAACACCCGUCUGAGCUUCGGAGAUGCUGCCCAGACGCUCUGGGCCCGGACAGGGUACCUUGGGUUCGUCCGCAGGACGGAGCUCACCGCAGCCACUGGAGAACGUCAUGACGCCUUGUAUGUGGUGGGUGCGUUGGAUGAGACACUGGAGCUGAGGGGAUUGCGAUACCAUCCUAUAGAUAUAGAAACCUCCGUGUCGCGAGUCCACAGGAGUAUUGCUGAAUGUGCUGUGUUCACGUGGACCAACUUGCUGGUGGUCGUUGUGGAACUGUGCGGCUCUGAGCAGGAAGCCCUGGACCUGGUUCCCCUCGUGACCAAUGUGGUCCUGGAAGAGCAUUACCUCAUCGUUGGUGUUGUGGUUGUUGUGGACCCGGGGGUUGUCCCCAUCAACUCCAGAGGAGAGAAGCAGAGAAUGCACCUCCGAGACAGCUUCCUAGCCGACCAGUUAGACCCUAUCUAUGUGGCUUACAACAUGUAGCCAGCACUGGAGGGCCACAGGGGAGCCCUGUGGUUAGGAGCAGGCUUUCAGCGGGCAUGCAGAUGGCUCCAGUACAGCCUUCAUCUCACCCUGCGGGACUCUGCAGUCACAGCACCAGGAAAACCAUGUUGACAGUCCGUCAGACCUAAGCGCUGGCAUGUACGACAGCACGUCACUAAAGCAGGCACACGCAUGUCGCGCUACCCUCGUCUGGUAUACAGACCUGCAUUUUCACCUAACCUUUUAGGCUUUUGAAAGGGAGUUUAGUGAAUUCACACAAAGCGGGGAUCUGAGUCCCACAGUUCCCCACUCUGUACUGUAUUUUGCAUUUCCUGUAGUCAGGUGUUCUGCAGGGUUUCUUAACAUGAAACUACCGAGCUUGAGUCAGCCCAUAAGCAAAUCCAAUAACCCACGUGAGAACUGCUUUAUGUGUCUAACUCUCAGUUAUAAACAUUCUGACCAGUGUUUAAACAUGUCAGUAAGAACACACAUAAUCCAGCUAAAGAAACAGGCGUCCGCUUGCUUAACUGGGUAGCUGAGCUCUGCUGGAGAGCGCUGUGGCAGGACCGUCUGGCCAGCAGCACAGAGCCUUCCGUCAGUGGGGUGUGCUAAACGAAGGCUGCCUGUGCUGUGUGUAAAGCUUACGCCCAUAACUAGCCUAAGCUGCUUUCAACCCACUCCUCCCAGCUGAAAACACUCGUGUCAGGAUUUAGACAUAACCAAGAAGCAUCAGUUCCUAACUACGGAACCGCAGUUCACUCAGGUCAGUGUUGAGACACCUAGAGUGACCACAGGAGGAUUGCCACCUUCUGCUUCCCUAUGCUCUGUGUCUGCAGUUUCCCCUAGAUCAUCCCCUGAGAACUGAGGCGUAAGCUCUUCCUCAGACGUCUGUGAGGGUGAACGCUGAAGGCUGGGAAGGGAGUGGAAUCAGCCAGCUCAUGGCGCUAACUGUAGGCCACAUGCGCACAUCUUACCAGUAGCCAGUGUGGGUUGGCAGACUGGUCAGACCCCGUGGAACAGGAAGUCUGACCCCGCAGGAGCUCUUGAAACUACCGGUGCCUGAGCCACACUCAGUGCAGGGCUGAGUUAGCCUCUGCCUCAGUUUCCAUUCUUUGGUCUGAAACUUCAUGUAUCUGAAUAUAGUUAAAUUUUAUUAUUUUUUUCUUACAGAAAUAUUUUUAAAAAUUAAAGAAAACCUCAAGUGAAAAAGAAUUAACCUGUUAAAUCAGAAUGGCUCUCUUUGGCCCGUUCUGGUCGAUCGUGUAAAUAUUUAUUUAGACUAUUUUGAUAAUGCAUAUUAUUUACCCCACUGUAACAUCCUGUAAACUAAAUGUGUUUUUAAGCAAUUUUUAAGACUUGUAAUUACCCUAAAAAAAGGUUUAUUAAGCCAAGACCAGACUGAGAGCAGGGCAGCACUGCCGGGCUGUCCUCAGUCUCACGGUGUGGCGUGGCCUCUGUGGUCCCUUCUCCAUAGUCCUCUUCCUGUAACUAAGCUCCACAGAGGGCCCUCUGCUUCCACCUCAGGGCCUGAGCACUUGGGAUAGGACUGGUCUGCGUGGGAUGAGGGAGAUGUUGGGGUGUACAGGGAAGGAAUUCGCCUCCUGGGCAGAGUGACGUCCCAUCUCACUAUCCAUUCCUUUACAAAGGAAAUGCCGGCUUGUUUUGAAAGUCUUAAAACAAUUAGUUUUGCUUCUUUUUUUUUUUCCUUUGAGACAGGGUCUUUUGAUAUAGUCCAGGCGGUUGCCCUCCCCCCACUGGGUUACAGUCGUACUCUGCCAUGUGUAGCUCUUCAGAUGGUCUGUGAUACUUACUAAGCAAAGCAGGGCCUGGGUAUCAAACAGUUCCAUGUGAGCAAUCCCCAAGUAUUAAGGUCCUUCGGUUCUAAGAAGAAAACUUGUAGACCAAUUCCAUCUUGACUGAUAACUCUUACUAAUGCAGAUUAUUACCUUAGUGUCACUGUCCGUGACACAUUGUCUACAGGAAGUGUAAUGUGAGUCACAUCUGUGCUUUAAACUUUCCUAGUAACUACU